AUGAGAUAAUAGAUUACAAAAUAUUACAAAUUAGAAGAAUUUAUAAACUCUUCGCUUUUAUCUCAUUAGGUUCUCCAUAUUUAUUUGAGUAAUAAUUAUAUUGGUGAUGAAGAUGCAUCAGGCUUAGGUUCUGCUUUAGCAAAUUGCAUUAAUCUCUCAAAUUUGGCACUUGACCUUAGUAAUAAUUAUAUUAGUGCAAUGGGUGCAUCAGGCUUAGGUUCUGCUUUAGCAAAUUGCAUUAAUCUCUCUAAUUUGACACUUAACCUUAGUAACAAUUAAAUUGGUAUUGCCGAUGCAUCAGGCUUAAUUUCUGCUUUAACAAAUUGCAUUAAUCUCUCAAAUUUGACACUUGUCCUUCGUGAAAAUUAAAUUGGUGCAAUGGGUGCAUCAGGCUUAGGUUCUGCUUUAGCAAAUUGCAUUAAUCUCUCAAAUUUGACACUUGACCUUGGUUCUAAUUAAAUUGGUGAUGAAGGUGCAUCAGGCUUAGGUUCUGCUUUAGCAAAUUGCAUUAAUCUCUCAAAUUUGACACUUGACCUUGGUUGUAAUAAAAUUCGUGAUGUCGGUGCAUCAGGUUUAGGUUCUGGUUUAGCAAAUUACAUUAAUCUCUCAAAUUUGACACUUGACCUUAGUGGAAAUUAAAUUGGUGAUGCCGGUGCAUCAGGCUUAGGUUCUACUUUAGCAAAUUGCAUUAAUCUCUCAAAUUUGGCACUUAACCUUAGUUGGAAUGAAAUUGGUGCAAUGGGUGCAUCAGGCUUAGGUUCUGGUUUAGCAAAUUGUAUUAAUCUCUCAAAUUUGACACUUGAUCUUCGUGAAAAUUAAAUUGGUGCAAUGGGUACAUCAGGCUUAGGUUCUGCUUUAGCAAAUUGCAUUAAUCUCUCAAAUUUGACACUUUACCUUUAUUGGAAUAAAAUUGGUGCAAUGGGUGCAUCAGGCUUAGGUUCUGCUUUAGAAAAUUGCAUUAAUCUCUCAAAUUUGACACUUUACCUUUAUGGAAAUUAAAUUGGUGAUGCCGGUGCAUCAGGCUUAGGUUCUGGUUUAGCAAAUUGUAUUAAUCUCUCAAAUUUGACACUUGAUCUUCAUGGAAAUUAAAUUGGUGAUGCCGGUGCAUCAGGCUUAGGUUCUGGUUUAGCAAAUUGUAUUAAUCUCUCAAAUUUGACACUUAAACUUGAGGAAAAUUAAAUUAGUGCAAUGGGUGCAUCAGGCUUAGGUUCUGCUUUAGCAAAUUGCGUUAAUCUCUCCUAUUUAACACUCUGGCUUAUGUAAAAAUAGUUUAUUUGUUUUGGAUUGUGA